AUGCCAUCAGAGGACAGAGUAAUGGAAAAGGCACCGGAAGAGGAGGAGUUAGUCGAGGAAGUUGAGACCGAGACAGUACAGAUUACUUCCCCACCUAAGGAGAACGUGGUUCCAACUCUACAUACACCACCUGCAGCUCACACUCCCAUUGACGUGAGGAUUCCCUAUCCUCAACGUGUGCAGAAGAAGAAGACAGAUGCACAGUUCUCGAGGUUCUUGGAUAUAUUUAGGAAUGUGCAGAUAAACAUCCCAUUGGUGGAGGCACUACAGCAGAUGCCCAGCUAUGCCAAGUUUAUGAAGGAUGUGGUUUCCAACAAGAGGAGAUGGACGGAGUAUGAGACGGUGAAUUUGACUGAAAGCUGCAGCGCCAUUAUUCAGAAGAAGCUGCCAGCUAAACUGAGGGAUCCGGGAAGUUUUACCAUCUCUUGCAUAGUGGGAGAUUGUCAAGAAGGGAGAGCUCUAUGUGAUCUGGGGGCGAGUAUCAAUCUGAUGUUUUAUUCUUUCUUCCAGAAAAUGAAGAUUGGAGUGCUCUAUAUCACUGCAGAUGGCUGA